AACCCUAGAAAACUAUUACAUGCUGCUUCUGUCACUUACCUCAAUCGCGUUUUCCGCGAGACAAAGUUCUAGAUCAAUAACUUGCGCACUUUCACUGCUCAACAAUGUUCAUCAACACCGCUGUUGUUGUUUUUUUUCAUCAGCUUUGGAAUCGGAGGAUAGAAAUGAUAUUCAACUCCAGCUAACUCUCUCCUUGAUCAAUUCAAAGCAAUGUCUACAUCCAAUCCGCAUCAAUCAAGCUCAUUGUUUCAUCUUCAAAAUUGGUCUCGAUCAGGACAACAUCAUACUCGGCAAAUUUAUCGAGUCUUGCUCCGACCUAGGCUUAUCGGACAUUGCUUACUCAGUCUUCAUCCAUCGGCUAAGAUCAACGACGAUCCCACCGCCGAACGUUUUCCUCUACAACACCGUGAUCAAGGCUAUGUCUCGUGAUCCUCAAACUGCAAAAUAUGCCAUCUCUCUUUACAACGAUAUUCGUUUACUUGCAGGUUUACGGCCUGAUAAUUAUUCUUUACCGUAUACAUUGAAAGCGGUUUCUCGAAUGUCUGAAGUUGGCAUCGGGAGACAGAUCCAUUGUCAAGCUGUUGGCAUGGGAAUGGAGAGCUGCGUUUCAGUGUCUACCUCCCUGGUUCAAAUGUAUUCUGCUUGUGGGUGCGUCUUUGAUGCACGCAAGGUGUUUGAUGAAACGUGCAACAGAGAUGUUGCCUUGUGGAACGCGAUUGUUGCUUGCUAUGCUAAAAUCGGUGCAAUGGAAGUGGCAAGAGAACUGUUUGAAGCUACGAUUCAGAGAAAUGUUAUAUCCUGGACUACACUUGUUGCAGGCUAUGUUCAGAGUAAUAAGGCGAAUGAAGCUGUCUCCAUUUUCAGGAGAAUGCUGCUGGAGGAAGGUGUAAAGCCAGAUGAGGUGACAAUGGUGGCAGCUCUUUCCGCUUGUGCCCAUUUGGGAGAUGGAGAAUUAGGUCGAUGGAUUCACAGGUACAUCGAUGAGCAUAGUUUACGUCAAACAAUCCCACUUUGCAACUCGCUCAUAGAAAUGUAUGCCAAAUCUGGAGACAUAACAACGGCUGUAAAUUUUUUUGAAAAUAUGAAGCAAAGAAGUGUUGUGACAUGGACAACGAUAAUAUCAGGAAUGGCAAUACACGGGCUUGAAGAAGAAGCUCGUGGGAUGCUCUCUCGAAUGGAAAUGUCUCGGAUUAAACCAAACAAAGUCACUUUCACCGCUAUUCUUUCAGCUUGCAGCCACGCCGGUCUAAUUGAAAUGGGUAAUUGGGUAUUCUACAACAUGGAAUCGAGAUUCGGGGUUAAAGCCGAGGAUGAGCAUUACGGUUGCAUGGUCGAUCUACUAGGACGAUGCGGUUACCUCAAAGAAGCCCGUGAGCUAAUUGAAGCUAAUAAUAAUAACAAGAACCGUGCAGCAGCAUCAGCAGCAGCGAUGUGGGGGUCUCUUCUUGCAGCAUCGAAAAUCCAUGGAAAUGUUGAACUAGCUGAGGAGGCUAUGAGAAGGUUAAUAAAGUUGGAGCCAGAUAAUAGCGGGAAUUACUUGCUCUUGUCUAAUGUGUAUGCUGGUCAUGGAUUGUGGAGUGAAUCUGGUCUGACGAGGAAGGUGAUGAAGGAUAAUGGAGUUUCGAAAGUAGCUGGUGAGAGUUCAAUCGAAGUGAACAACGCUGUUUAUAGGUUUGGUUCGAGAGAGAUUUCGCAUCCAGAAACGAAAAAGAUUUGCAGAUUAUUGUGUAACUUAAAGGACCAGAUGAAAACCGCGUGCAACGAAGUUAUAUAAGAUGUGCCUAUAAUC